GGGAGCUCGACCACCGCAUUCUCUCUCCCCGCUUCAACAACCACAAUUAUACCUUUGGAACCCACUCCGUAACCUAGAAAUUUCCCUAUUCCAACUUCUCUCGUUUAAUUCCAAGAUGAACGAAGCUCCUAUUGUUCUCGAUGGGGGAACUGGUUUCCUUAAGGUCGGAUACGCUGGCCAGAACUUUCCGGAACACCAGUACCCGUCUAUCGUUGGGCGUCCGAUAUUGAGAGCGGAGGAGCGUGCUGGCGAUAUGAUUGUGAAAGAUAUUAUGGUCGGGGACGAUGCUGCCGCCGUUCGGACGAUGCUACAGAUUACAUAUCCGAUGGACAACGGUAUUAUCAAAAGAUGGGAAGACAUGCAGCACGUGUGGGACUACACAUUUUCAGAAAAGCUACAAGUCGAUACCACCGGUCGUAAGAUCUUACUCACGGAGCCUCCCAUGAACCCGUUGAGCAACAGAGAGAAGAUGUGCGAAGUUAUGUUCGAAAGGUAUAACUUCGGGGGUGUUUAUGUCGCUAUCCAGGCGGUGCUCGCUCUCUAUGCUCAAGGUUUAAGUUCCGGUGUCGUCGUCGAUUCCGGAGACGGUGUAACCCACAUCGUCCCUGUAUACGAGAGUGUGGUCCUUAACCACCUUACCCGCCGUCUCAAUGUUGCUGGCCGUGAUGUUACCCGCCAGCUCAUCAACCUUCUCCUCCGCCGGGGGUAUGCUUUUAACCGUACUGCCGAUUUCGAGACUGUCCGCCAGAUUAAAGAGAAGCUAUGCUAUGUCAGCUAUGACCUAGAGCUCGACCACAAGCUCGCCGAGGAGACUACUGUUUUGGUGGAGAGCUACACCCUCCCAGACGGCCGUGUAAUCCGUGUCGGUAGUGAGCGAUUUGAGGCGCCGGAGUGCCUCUUCCAGCCCCACCUCGUGGACAUUGAGCAGCCAGGAAUCGCAGAGUUCCUGUUCAACACUAUCCAGGCUGCCGACGUAGAUGUCAGAACCUCCCUAUACAAGGCUAUCGUACUUUCCGGCGGUUCAAGCAUGUAUCCCGGCCUCCCUAGCAGAUUGGAGAAGGAAUUGAAGCAACUAUGGCUUACCAAGGUGCUACACGGUGAUCCGACACGACUAAGCAAAUUCAAAGUCCGGAUCGAAGACCCUCCACGAAGGCGUCACAUGGUCUUCCUUGGCGGCGCCGUUCUCGCGAACAUUAUGGCGGACAAGGAGAAUAUGUGGAUCACAAAGGCGGAAUGGGAGGAACAGGGUCCUCGUAUCAUUGAGAAGUUAGGUCCUCGGUAAAAAUAUCCGUGAGAGGAAGAGGAGCAAAAACAGUACCUUGUAGAUGGUGGUUUGUGGUUUCCUUUUUUUUCUUUCCUUCUCUCUUCGUGCGCUCUCCUGAUACCGAAGCCAGGGGAUUAACUGGAGGGUUCCCUUGGGAUUCAAUAGAAGUGUGGUUGGUAGAGUGGGAUGAUGAUGAAAAGGUAAAAAUCUUAUGUUGUGAAUGAGAGAAAGUAAUCGUGUUUUUUUUUCUUU